AUGUCGUUCCCUACCUCCACCAAAGCUGCUCUCCUCCAAGAGCCCUUCGCCAAACACACCAUCUCUCACAGAUCACUCUCCGCAUUAAAGCCCGGCGAGAUCGGAAUCAAAAUCGCCGCCACAGCCGUCAACCCCGUCGACUGGAAGAUCCGAGACCACAACACCUUCCUCCCCUCAUACCCCGCAGUCCUCGGGUCCGACGCCGCAGGCACCAUCACCGCAGUAGGACCCAAUGUAUCCGGGUUCAAAGAAGGCGACCGAGUGUUUUUCCAAGGAAUCAUCGGAACCUAUGACUCCUCCACCUUCCAACAAUAUUGCAAAAUGCCAGCUGAGCUGGUCUCCAAAACACCAGAUAAUAUCACCGACCAGCAGGCAGCAGGUAUAGGGCUAGCGACAAUGGCCGUCGUUACUGCAUUUUACCAUUCAACAGGCCACGGCUUGAUUCCACCAUGGGAAAGAGAAGGCGAAAAGGCCGGUCAGGGAAAAGCAAUUGUGAUUCUCGGCGGUGCUUCGUCUGUCGGUCAAUAUGCAACUCAACUAGCCAGACUGUCUGGGUUCGAGCGUAUAAUCACGAAUGCAAGCCUCACAAACCAUGAGUUUUUGCAUAGUCUCGGUGCACAUGUUGUGCUUGAUCGGAGUCAGUCUGAUGCUGCGUCGUUCGCGUCUGCUCUUGGUGAUGUGCCUUUGAUGUUUGUCUUUGAUGCUAUUUCGGCGAAGUCGACGCAAGUGCUCGGUGUGCAGAUCAUUCAGGAAUCGAAAAGUGAGGGGAGUGAGCUCGUUACUGUAUAUGUUGUUCGGCCGGAGGCUAUUGAUGCGGAUGCGAUUGCGCUUGGUCAGAGCAAGGAGCCAAAGGUCGAUAUCAAGCAGAUUCUGGGGAUUGGGAGUGCUCCUGACCUGCGUUAUCUAAGUGAACCUAUGGCGAAGGCUUUGACUGAGUGGAUUGCUAGUGGACUGUUUGUUCCUAACAGGCCUCUUGUGGUACCUGGGGGAUUGGGUGCAGUAGAGGAGGCAUUGGCUUUGAACAAACAAGGCGUGUCGGGUCAGAAAGUUGUGUUUUGUCCUUGGGAGUGA